CCUUUUAAUAUGGUGCGCCUUAUGGUCGCGAAAAUAUGGUAGGCUUUACAUGUUCAGGAUUUGGGGGGCCGAUCAGCGAGUUUAAAAAAAAAAAGGUAACCGAUCCAAUCACAAAAUGGAGCAAUGGGUCUACUUAAAUGACCUGUUCAUUUACUGUAUAUACUUGUGUACUUAAUUGCUCCAAAAAUUAUAUUUACAAAAAUUUAUCUUUGUUCAUCUAUUUAUGCCAGUGAGGCAUAGUGACAGACAGAACAAAUGAAUUGUCUUCUAUUAGAUGGCAGGAAGUACAUACAGUAAUUAAUGUAUUCACUUUUUGUUUGUUGGUGUGCCGUGAGAUUAUUAAAUUUUAAAAUAUGUUCCUUGGCUCCAUAAAGGUUUGAAAUCACUCCUCUAGUCAGGUCACGUAUUCUAAUCAGUCAGGUCAAACCAACAUUACAACAUGACAGAAUUAAUGGGUGUAACUUACUUUAAUUAAAUUACUUCACCCACACCGAAACUUUAGAGCAUGAUUCGACAGCACAAGGGGAUGCUAUUUUAUCACGCUUCCAAGCCAUGGAGGCGAAAGUUCUCGAGUCAUCAAUCAUCGCCUCCAUGGUAGCGAAUAAACUACACUUCUUACACAUAUUUACGUUAUCAUGAAGGGAGGGCGAGGAGUGGGUAGGAAAAGACGUAAAAUGUAAAAUAAUUUGCGGCCUCACAAGACACCUGAACCAAAAAUGAAUUAAUACGUUACUGGAGAUGUCAUCUGAGAAUGGGGUCAGUUUAAAAGUAGCCAUCCAUUUUCUGUACCGCUUAUCCUCUCUUGGGUUGUGAGCACCCUAAACUGGUCGCCAGCCAAUACAAUCGCAGGGCACUUAUACAGAACCAUUCACACUCACAUUCACACCUACGGGCAAUUUAGAGUCUUCAACCUACCACGCAUGUUUUGGGGAUGUGGGAGGAAACUGGAGUACCCGGAGAAAACCCACGCAGGCACGGGGAGAACAAGUGAACUCCACACAGGCGGGGCCGGGAUUUCAACCUGGGUCCUCAGAAGUGUGAAGCAGAUGUGCUAACCAGUCGUUUAACGUGCCGCCAAAAAGUAUAUUAUUAUUAAUAAAGAUUUGUAAGAUAAGAUCACCUUUAUUAGUCACACAAUGGAGAAAUGUAAUCAUUUCAUGAGCAACAGUGAAUAUCGGAAAUAUAAAUAUAUAAUAUAAAUAGAAUGCAAGGCAUCUAUACAAGUACAUUCACAAAAUAGAAAUGUAGAACAUGACGAGAUGGAAAAUUUAUUUGAGUAAAUUCAGUUACGACCUUGGUCAUGGAACGAAUUAAAUUCGUAAGUCAAUGUACCACUGCAAUUCAUCAUCAUCAUUACUUGUAACUUUUUCUCCAUUUAUGGCUUUACAGUAAAACCUUUUAUUUUUUCUCACAAAAAUCAGAUUUCAACCUUUACACCCCCUCCCUCCAAUUAAAAACAAAUGCCAAAUUACAUUAUUCAAAUCUAAUUUUAUAUUGAAUUUUAUUUCCAACACAAAAUUGAUUUUCUUGACAGAUGUGGAAAUAAAAGUGCAAAAACAUGGCGGGAAUGUCCCUUUCAACACCAUUAGGGCUGGGAAAACAAAUCUGCCGAGUCGACCCAAAAAAUUGGUUGAAGCAAAAAUUUCUGCCUCAAAGCAAUAAGAAAUUAUCAUUAAAAGCAGAUUUGCGCCACCAGGAACCAAUUUGAACUGCCUGGAAACAUGUUUGGUUACUGUCCAUGUUUUCGCACAGACAUUUGUUGCAGACUUCCCAAACAUGGCCGCCACGUAGGCAUGUCUAGAGCUGUGGACGUUAAUGUACUUGUAAACGCACGCAACAUCGUUACCUCCCCAACAUGGCCGCCAUGUAGGCACGAGAGUCAAGCUGUUACCGGGCUCUGACAUAUUUAGUCUUCAUAUCUAUGGUUGGGAACUUGGGACCACUGCUGGAAUACACUGCGUUAGACCGAGGAUGUCCAACUUUUGGAAUAAUGAUGAAAAAAAAGUGGUUACAAUUACUGCAAAUGCAGAGGUGGACUUUACACAGCUGCUUUGGAAAGACAUUCACACGCGUUGGACGAGCUUCACGCCGUACUAAGGUAAUGUCCCCCCCCCCCCCUACUUUUUAGUCAAUGUAAUGUAAAAUAGCCUACAAUCACUAGUUAUAACUUAGACUGUAUUGUAACCCUACCAUCGCUAGUUAGAACGUACUGUUGUCUCGUUUGCCUACAGACAAUUACGCAUUGAUAUAUGUGCAGAAAGUUGGUAGUAAUAAGACAGUACAGUACUUCAUUUCAACUCACAUUUUGCACAACACAUUUCAUAGCAUACACUCAUUGCCAACGUAUGCAGUUAAAGGAUAGAAGUCCAUACCUCAAAGAGAAUUAAAAAAAUAAAUUCCUUGAGGCGAGGCGAUUGCCUGGUGAGUCGAUGCAAUAUCUAUAGGCUAGUUGAUUCUAAAAAGUUUAUAGUGAGAGCCCUAAACAGUAUCAAUCCUUUGUUUUAGUAGACCUUUUGAAAUGUUCAAAAUUUUAAAUAAAUUAACACAAAUAUAUUUGGGAUUAAUUUAGAACUAUGCCCACUUUCAACAGACGGUUUUUAGCGCAGUACAGAAAUCACCUGAUAUUGCUUCAUUUUUGACUGAUUUAUUGCUGUUCUUUACUAGUACCGGUUUACCACGCAACCUCUAGUUUGCAGCCAUUACAGUCGAAACAGAAAUGCUUUGAACUACAAAAGCCGCGAAGAUUUAAAAUGUAUAUAUAUUUGGGGGAGGAGGGCGGUAUAAACGACGAGACAAACUAUUAAUUUCCCGGCCCUAACCUCAUACUGAGCUCAAAAUGUUUCUCUCUCAUUACAUUCGUACAGUAUUUUUGUUACCUUUUGUGCAUGCAAGUUUUGUUUGCAUUGUUCCAUGUUGUUUAAAAGCUGUGUGGGAGGGAUCAAACAAUUGUUUUUUUGUUUUUUUUCCAUGUGGUCUGUGUGAUGGAUAUUCACUGAUUUCAAGUGGGUCUGGAACAAACCCCCCGCGAUAAAUGGCCGUUCACAUACUCAAAAUGACCAACACAGCGCACCGCACUGGAUAUUUGUCUUGUUUUACUCUGCUGUCUGCAGCCAUCUCAGCAUUGUAAAAGAGGAUCUGUUCUCAAAUGCCUUACCUGGAUGGGUAAAGGUUAAACAAAUAUAUAUACGCCAACAAUUGCAAGUAGUACCAUUACUCACCGUGAGAGCCAGCGUGGUGCCAUCCAGACCGCCAUGAAAUACAGACUAGUCAAUGAGAGGUUUAAAGGCUAGAGUGAGAGACGAGCUUAAUCUUUAAGGAGGUGGGGGGGGAAACGUGGUCAACCAGGGCCAAGCGGUGAGAGUCAGCAUAGCUCACGCUGCCUUUUACCACUGACAAAUCCGGGUCAAAGGAAUUCAGCGAACCUGACCCAGAUUCCUCAGAUGAGUGGUUACCAUCUGGAUCAACACAGAGCAGAGGAGCCUCAUCUCUUGAUGCUCAAGAAAGACAUUAAGAUCGUGUACCCUGCAGGGAUCGCUCUCCAGCUGGCAGUCUGAAGACGAAAGUCCUGCUUCAAGCAGAGAUUCCACUCCCAUUCCUGUUAGGAGUCAUGAGGAAGGUCAGGGAUGGAGCAGAGAUUAUGUGGAAGAUUGUGACUGGUAUGAAGCUGACUGGCAACCAAAUAAAUUAUGCUUUACUGCAACCCCUGGACCCCGGAGUGCUGCCGCAGAGAUGGAUUCCAAGCUGCCAGCUGACUUUCUGGAGCUCUUCUUAACUGACGAGCUGCUCCAACGUAUUGCGGAUCAGACCAACCUGUAUGCGACUCAGUAUUUUCAAGCACAGUCUAAGACUCUGCCACAUAGCAGAGUACAUGCGUGGAAACCGGUGUCAGUCCCAGAGCUGAAAACUUUCUUUGGACUCACUUUUCUCACCAGUUAUGUCAAAAAGCCAAGCAUUGGACUGUACUGGAGUGUGGAUGAGGUAGACGCAACACCCCAUUUCAGCCAGACCAUGUCAAGGAACAGAUUUCAGAUUAUCUGGCAGUUCCUUCAUUACAACAAUAACGCAUCACAGGAUGACGCUGACAAAUUGUACAAAAUCCGUCCAGUGUUUGAAUACAUUGUGGAAAAGUUCAAGGAGAUGUAUCAACCGGGGCAAAACAUUUGCAUUGAUGAGGGUAUGAUGCUGUGGCGAGGGCGUGUAUCGUUCAGAGUGUACAACCCAAAAAAGCCUGUGAAAUAUGGAAUCAAAUCCUACAUACUUUGUGACUCUGCCACAGGGUACUGCUUCAAUAUGCAGCCUGAUGUCGGGGAAGCUCGUACUACGUCGGAGAUAGUGUUCUCUCUACUUGAUCGUCUGGCCGGUCAUGGUUAUACACUGUAUAUGGACGAUUCCUACAAUUCUGUACCACUCUGUGAGCUUUUACUGGGAGCAGAAACCAACGUCUGUGGGACAUUGAGGAAGAAUAGGGGUGAACCUAAGAUCUUUAGCGAGAUGACAAAGUAUGAGUUGGGGGCGGGGGGGAAAGUUGUGCGACACAAUGAGAGAGUAAUGGUCGUAGUCUGGCAGGACAAACAGUUGGUGAGGAUGGUGACAACUUACCACCAAGAUAGGAUGCAGAAGGUUAAGGUGUUGCAGAAGGGACGCAAAGACAAGGGUUGUCAGUUCAAGCCAGAGUGUGUUGUUGCAUAUAACUCUUCCAUGCAUGGAGUGGAUAGUUUGGACCAAAACAUUGCAUACUAUCCUUUCAUCCGAAGGUCACUGAAUUGGUCCAAGAAGUUUGUAGCCUAUCUGUUUCAACUGUGUAUGUUUAACGCCUAUGUCCUCUACAGAGCCAGAAACCCAGGGGAGUUGAAAACCCUCUUGGAGUUCAUGCGCAGUGUAGUGAAGUCGUGGACUGUAAAGCGACAUGUGGGGGUGCAGGUAAAAAAGGAGAAGGAAGUUGCAGUUCAAAAGGGUGAGGACUUGGAGGGAGGUCGGCGUUCUACAAGGGCACCAUAUAAAACUGACCCAGAUAGCAGGCUAGAUGGACAGCUUGGCAAACACAGACUCGAAUACCUGAUGCCGGUUGGCAAGAAGUUAAGACCAACAAGGGGUUGUAGGGUCUGCGCACGUAGGGGAAAGCGCAGCGAUACUAGAUUGUGGUGUGCUUCCUGUUGUGUGCCCUUGCAUGCAGUAGAAUGUUUCACAGAUUACCACACUAAAUUGAACUAUUCUGUGUAGGGGUGAGAAAACACGCUUUUUAAAAAAAAUAAUAAUAAUAAUAAUUUAAUAUAGCUGUGACACAAUACAUAUGGUAACUCUGAUUUACUAAAAAGUUCAUAAUUUUUUUUGUGUAAAUGUUUUGCAUAGUUUUGUAAAUAAAUGUUGCCAUCAAAA